AUGCAGGUCGACUCGCACAGCCGGUCGGAUCCGCAGAUGUACCUAACCCAGGCGCUGACGAGUCCGCAACUACCGGACGAACUCAAGCCGUUCUACCAGGCGUUUGAACGCUUCUGGUCCAACAGGCUCUGGUUCCAGCUCACCCGCACGAUCGAGUCCUUCUUCGCCGUUCCCUCCUCCGCACCGUACCGAAUCGACCUCUACGAGUCCUUCAUCAAGGACUUUGCUUUGAAGCUCGACCCGCUCAAGCAUGCGAGCAUCGCAGUUGCCGUUGCGCGGACAUACAAUGACGGCACCGCAGCAGUUUCCUUCCUCGACACCCUCCUCCCGACUUUCGACACUCCCGCAACCCGCGAACCUUUCGUCCUCGUCUCGAUGGAGCGAGGUCACUUCCUCCUCCUUCUCGGCCAACCCGAAGCGGCAAAGGAGGCGAUGGACCAGUGUCAGAAGGUGCUCGACCAGCUCGACUCGGUCGACUUGGCGGUGCAUGCGAGCUUCUACCGCGUCAGCGGCGACUAUUGGAAGGCGAAAGCCGAGUUUGCCGACUACUACCGCAACUCGCUCCUCUACCUCGCCUGCAUCGACAUCGACCGGGAUCUGACGCAGGACGAGCGGGCGGAGCGGGCGCGGGAUCUUGGGAUCGCGGCGUUGCUGGGCGAGAGUUUGUACAACUUUGGCGAGCUGCUCCUCCACCCGGUGCUCGACUCGCUCAAGGGGACGCCGAACGAGUACAUCCGGAGCCUGCUCUUUGCAUUCAACAAAGGCGACAUUGACAAGUUCCAGUCGCUCAUCCCGGAGCUCGAGAAGGAGCCCUACCUCCUGCAAAACCUCAACACGCUCCGACAAAAGAUCUGCGUGCUCGCGCUGAUCGAGGCUGUCUUUAAGCGACCGAUUCAGGACCGCGUCGCGCUGCCGUUCUCGAUCAUCGCCAAGGAGGCGCAGGUGCCGGUCGACGAGGUCGAGCACUUGGUCAUGAAGGCUCUCAUGCUCAACCUGAUCCGCGGCACGCUCGACGCCUGCUCGUCCGUCGCGUCCAUCACGUGGGUCCAGCCUCGCGUGCUCGACAAGACGCAGAUUGGCGGGCUCAAGGACCGGCUCGGAGACUGGGCGGACAAGGUGCAGGCGCAGGGGGCGUUCGUUAGGGGCGUCGCGCCGGAGUUGUUUGCGUAG